GAAAUAAGCGGCCGGAAUAUUGCAUUGGCAAGGGGAUGUCGGGAAGGCAAUCUCCCAAGAGGAACGCGAUGAAUGCCGGCGUCGCUCUGAAGUAUAUCGCCACUGGCUGCUUGCAAAGGUCUUCAAGGCAGACUCCAAAGAUGCCAUCACGAUCAUGGUCCUUCCCAUUGAAGCUGGAGAGCCGAACUAUUGUGAUGCCGACCUUCCGCCAUACUCUUUACUGAGUGGGUAUGCUGGGCUGAACAUGUCUCCGAUGAUGCAAGCGCUCGAAGUCACCGCCCCAGUUGGGGACAUCCCGUACCAUUCCCUUUUGACCAAGAAAGAAGAGCCUCUUCCCAUUGCAGGGUCAGCUAUAGGAGCUCCAGGCACGGACCUCAUCCUCGUUGACUUGGUAGAGAAGGGCAUGAAAGCUGAAAAUUUGCCGACUCAGGUCAAAACGGGACGCUCAAUGUAUUGAGUUUGGUGCAAGAUCAUUUUAACCCUAUCUUUUGAGACUAAUGUAGCUGUCUCUUUAGGGGAAUAAUCCAGAGCUUUGUUG